CUGUUCCCUCUCGUGACGAGCCGGGGGGGGGGGGGAGGGGGGCGUGAGGCGCGGAGCCGCCCCCUGCGCGCGCACGGCGAGAGGCCGGGGCCAGCGGCAGCGCCGCCCGCUCCCGCUCCUCCUCCUCCUCCUCCUCCCCCUCAGCAUCGCGCCCCGGGCCCGCCGCCCAUGCCACCUGCCCUCCGCUGCCGCUCCCCGGGCCGGGCCAGCGGCGCAGCGCGGGGGGGCCGCGGGCCGCUCUAGGAGCGAGGCGGCGGCGGCAGAGCGCGGAGCGGGCGCGGAAGGAUGGCGGACACAGACCUUUUUAUGGAAUGUGAGGAGGAGGAGCUGGAGCCAUGGCAGAAAAUCAGUGAUGUGAUUGAAGAUUCUGUUGUUGAGGAUUAUAACUCGGUUGAUAAAACUGCUACGGCUGGCAAUCCUCUUGUUCAGCAAGGUGGACAGCCACUGAUCCUUACCCAGAACCCAGCCUCAGGUCUGGGCACAAUGGUAACCCAGCCAGUAUUACGACCUGUGCAGAUCAUGCAGAAUGCCAAUCACGUCACGAAUUCUCCAGUGACCAGCCAGCCGAUCUUCAUAACGACCCAGGGUUUCCCUGUGAGGAAUGUGCGGCCUGUGCAAAACACAAUGAAUCAAGUUGGAAUUGUCCUGAACGUCCAGCAAGGUCAAACGGUUAGACCCAUCACCCUAGUCCCAGCCCCAGGUACCCAGUUUGUUAAACCAACAGUUGGCGUUCCUCAGGUGUUCUCUCAAAUGGCCCAGGUGAGACCAGGUACAACCAUGCCGGUCCGACCCACCACCAACACUUUCACUACGGUCAUUCCGGCCACGCUUACCAUCAGGAGCACAGUACCACAGUCCCAGGCACAACAGCAAAGUAAGUCCACUCCCAGCACCUCCACAACUCCUACUUCAACGCAGCCAACAACACUUGGACAGUUAACUGUGCAGCAGCCAGGGCAGUCCAGUCAAGCUACUAACCCCAAAUUAGUGAGUAUUGCAAGUUUUGUGACUGUAAAGAGACCUGGAGUGACUGGCGAGAACAGCAACGAGGUUGCGAAGCUAGUGAAUACUCUGAACACCAUUCCUUCGUUAGGCCAGAGCCCUGGCCCGCUUGUGGUGUCCAACAGCAGCCCUGUGCAUGGUUCCCAGAGAUCCAGUGUUUCAGAAUCGUCGUCAUCAUCGUCAUCCUUAAAAGUCAGUUCAUCUCCUAUUCCUACAUUUGAUUUGCAAGAUGGUGGCAGGAAGGUCUGCCCAAGAUGCGAUGCUCAAUUUCGAGUCACUGAAGCUUUAAGAGGACAUAUGUGUUAUUGCUGCCCUGAAAUGGUUGAAUUCCUCAAGAAAAGAAAAUCUCUAGAUUCUGAACCAAAUAUUCAAUCUGCAAAGCCUCCAUCUCCAGAAAAAACUACAGCUGUUGCUUCACCGCCCUCUUCCACUCCUAUCCCUGCGCUGUCCCCACCUGCUAAAGCUCCAGAGCCAAGUGAAAACGUAGUUGACUCAUCCCAAAGUAAGCUUAUUAUGUUAGUAGAUGAUUUCUACUAUGGCAGAGAUGGUGGCAAAGUGAGUCAGCUACUGAACUUCCCCAAGGUUCCAACUUCCUUCAGAUGUCCGCACUGUACCAAGAGGCUAAAGAACAAUAUAAGAUUUAUGAAUCACAUGAAGCACCACGUUGAACUGGAUCAGCAAAAUGGAGAGGUAGAUGUCCACACCAUCUGCCAGCACUGUUACAGGCAGUUCUCCACUCCAUUUCAGCUACAGUGUCACUUAGAGAAUGUCCACAGUCCCUAUGAGUCAACAACAAAGUGCAAGAUUUGUGAAUGGGCAUUUGAGAGUGAACCAAUGUUCCUACAGCACAUGAAGGACACUCACAAGCCUGGGGAGAUGCCCUAUGUUUGUCAGGUCUGUCAGUACCGUUCAUCGCUCUAUUCUGAAGUGGAUAGCCAUUUCCGAAUGAUCCAUGAAGACACGCGGCACCUGCUCUGUCCUUACUGUCUUAAAGUCUUCAAGAACGGCAAUGCUUUCCAACAGCAUUUCAUGAGGCAUCAGAAGAAGAGUGUUUAUCAUUGCAACAAAUGUAGACUCCAAUUCCUGUUUGCCAAGGAUAAAAUUGAACACAAGCUGCAGCAUCACAAAACUUUCCGAAAGCCCAAACAAUUAGAAGGAUUGAAACCUGGAACCAAGGUUACAAUCAGGGCAUCUAGAGGACAGCCACGGACAGUGCCAAUAUCUUCAAAUGACAUGCAGGGCACAGGACAGGACACCACUCCUCUGUCAUCGUCUACAGAUCCCCAGCCCAUCUUCCUGUACCCACCUGUCCAGAGGAACGUCCAGAAGAGAGCGGUCAAAAAAAUGAGCGUCCUGGGGAGGCAGACUUGCCUGGAAUGCAGCUUCGAAAUCCCUGACUUCCCAAACCACUUUCCUACCUACGUUCACUGUUCGCAGUGCCGUUACAGCACUUGCUGCUCCCGAGCUUAUGCCAACCACAUGAUCAACAACCAUGUUCCCCGGAAGAGUCCAAAAUACUUGGCUUUGUUUAAAAACUAUACUGCCUGUGGUGUAAAGCUGUCCUGUUCCUCCUGUCUCUUUGUAACAUCUGAGGGUGAUGCAAUGGCCAAACAUCUGGUCUUCAAUCCAUCACAUGAGUUCAGUAAUAUUAUUUUCCGAGGGCCUUCUUGGAUAUCACAUUCCAGGCACGUUCAGCCCCAGGACAAAAGCAUGAAGAAUACAUGCUCUUCCUAUUCCCCGAGUAAAGCUGCUACUGUGAAAACAAAGUCUAUGUUACCUGCAAAAGAUGACCUGGAGCCUGAGCUGGCACCAGCAGCCUACAACAGGCCUCUGGUCUGCCAGGAAGAAGAGUGCUUAAAUAUUGAUGCUCAAGAAGAUGAACAGCCAACAAAGGAGCCUGAACCUGCGAGCAAAAAGGAGCAGCUGUCAGUAAAGAAGCUGCGAGUCGUACUGUUCGCUUUGUGCUGCAACACUGAACAGGCAGCAGAGCACUUCCGAAAUCCUCAGAGGCGGAUCAAGCGCUGGCUACGGAGGUUUCAGGCUUUCCAAGAAGAGAACUUGGCGUCCCUGUCGGAGGGCAAGUACCUCAGCCUAGAGGCUGAGGAGAAGCUAGCGGAAUGGGUCCUCACACAGAGAGAGCAGCAGCUGCCUGUAAAUGAGGAGACUCUCUUCCAGAAAGCCACCAAGAUUGGCCGAUCCCUCGAAGGUGGCUUCAAGAUCUCCUACGAGUGGGCCGUGAGGUUCAUGCUGCGGCACAACCUCAGCACGCACACUCGGAGGGCAGUGGCUCACCCGCUCCCCAAAGACGUCGAGGACAACGCCAGUUGCUUCAUCGAGUUUGUGCAGCGGCAAAUCCACACUCAAGACCUGCCUCUCUCCAUGAUCGCGGCCAUCGAUGAAAUCUCUCUCUUCCUCGACGUGGAGGUGCUGAGCAGCGACGACAGGAAGGAGAAUGCUCUGCAGACAGUGGGAACCGGGGACCCCUGGUGCGACGUCGUUCUCACGAUUCUCGCCGAUGGAAGCGUUCUCCCAACACUGGUCUUCUACAGGGGCCACGUCCAGCAGCCUGCCAACGUGCCAGAAUCGAUCAUGUUGGAAGCAAAGGAGAACGGAUACAGUGACGACGAAGUCAUGGAGUUGUGGGCGACCAGAGUGUGGCAGAAGCACACAGAGUGUCAGAACAGCAAGGGCAUGCUUGUGCUGGAUUGUCACCGAACGCACCUAUCGGAAGAAGUACUGUCCUUGUUGAGUGCCUCCAGCACUCUGCCGGCUGUUGUCCCUGCUGGCUGCAGCUCCAAAAUCCAACCUCUAGAUGUUUGUAUAAAAAGGACUGUGAAAAAUUUCUUGCAUAAAAAGUGGAAAGAGCAAGCCAAGGAGAUGGCGGACUCCACGUGCGAUUCGGACAUUCUUCUCCAGCUGGUUUUAUGCUGGCUGGCAGAGGUCCUGGAAGUCAUUAGUGACUCUCCUGAACUUGUGCAGCAGUCCUUCCUGGUGGCCAGUGUGCUGCCAGGUCCGGACGGCACGGCCAACUCGCCCACACGUAAUGCCGACAUGCAGGAGGAGCUGAUUGCCUCCCUGGAGGAGCAGCUGAAGCUGAACGGUGAGCAGCAGCAGCAGCAGCAGCAGCAGGCGGUGACUGAGGUCCAGGAUCGGACCCAGGCCGAGGAAUCUGCCGACCCAGAAAUCCUCCAUCAGCUCUUUGAAGGGGAAAGUGAGACUGAAUCAUUUUAUGGCUUUGAAGAUGCUGAUUUGGAUCUGAUGGAAAUCUGAGCACUGAUCUGCGAAUCGUGAUCCAGAAAGGGUUAUUUUUUAAAUAAAUGUUGGAUGAGACCAUUACACUUCCCUGUGGAUUUGUGGGUUUAGGAAAUUUGUAGGCGAUCACUCAGAUAAAUAGCCAUUUAUGCUGUUCAUUUAUAAGUUUUGUGCUUUUUUAAAAGAAAAAUCACUGUGUUGGUAUUUUCUGAAAAUAUAUUGUGGGUGAAUAUUUUUGCGUUUUCUUUACCUCACUGUACCAUAGUUUUCUGUUUUUAUUGUGCAGAAAUGUUUUGAAUUAUACAUUGUCAAUGUGACCAUUUCUAAAGAAAGGAAAAAAUAUGUAGCUAAUGAACCAGUAUAUAAACCUCUUUGGUUGUCUUAACACAGAUUUUUUUUAACACUUGGCCCAGAGAUUUAGGUUUCUGUGGUAAAUUUAGAUAUGAAUGAUUGCUUUAACGUGUGAACCUCCUAUAAUUGGCCAUUAAGAUUUGGUUUGGGUUUGUUUUUUUGUUUUGCUUUUCCUUUAAAGAAGACUAAUUAUUUUGCUUGUGAAUUUGGCCAUGGGGUAAAAACACAAGCAAAAGAAUUCUGCCUGUUCAAUGCCAGCAAUGGUUCCUGGGAGCCACGAUACUUUGAACGGGGGCUGAAGUGAGACGUGCAGUUAGGGAGUCGGGCGCAGUGCUGCCACAAACCUGCGGGGUUUGAGCUGACUUUCUGACACUGCGGUGGUUCCUUUCCUCCAGCCGGGAAACCAUCCGGCACCCGCCUUGCUCCAAAGAGUUACUGACAGAGGGUACACGAUGGAGGAGGAAAGUCAAGUCUGCCUUGAUCUUCCUGUACAGUAGGUGGGCGUUAAAGCUGUAUGGACCAUUAAGCGUUGACCUUUAACUACUAGUAGUUGAUAAACCUGCUUUAACAGUGGCAUCAGACACUACGUUCCUUAGAAUUAGAAAUCUGAUUUAAUGAAACAAACUGUGACGUGCACAAAAAGAAGACGUUUGUUUUUAUUUUUCACUGCCAGCUUAAAUUUUUCUACAAUUUGCAUGUUUGAGGGUUUUUUAAUUGUAUGUAUUAUGGUAUAAACGGAAAGCAUUUUGACAUACAGAAUUCAGAAGCACCUGCACCUUUCUGUUUCCAUAGAGGUUUUGUGAACCUUCCCUAUUACCUAAGGAAAGCAGGAAGCAGCAUGUGCAGACCUGUAAAUGGUUCAUCUUUAAAAUGUACAUAAGUGGAACAUUUAAUAAAACCAGGGAAAUGGAUUUAUAAA